AGUCGCGCAAAACGAACGUGUGCCGAAAUUCAAAUCAGAGCAUUGGUGUUAAAGUUUGUGCGAACCUAAUUUGUGCUGUGCGUGCCGAAAGUUGGAAUCCUCAAAGGCAUACUGAGAAAGCUCGAAGCAUGGAGACCCUCAUUCAAUAUUUACUUUUAACUCUCGCAUUGACCUCAGUUCAAAUAUCCUACACUGAGAGUCGUCUAAAUGAAAAACGUCGAGAUAAAACUGAAAGGAGAUACCACUCCGUUCAGGCAAAAGACAACAUGUGUGAAAUAGCAAACAGAGAUUCCAAAGUCCAUUGUUACUGUGAGAACACAGAAAUAAAAACAGCAACACGCGCGGACUGUUGGGUGUUUAACGGUGGCAUAGACGACACAGAUCCUAUAUGGACAAGUUUUAACUCGCAACCCUUCCUGGAAAAGCUUACAUUUAAUAUACGCUCGGACGGAGCUCUAAAAUUCGUUCCACUCAACGUGAUUCAUAAGUUAAAGCGAUUGCAAAAAUUGCAAAUACAUUAUGCGACGUUAAACAAAAUCGAGAAAAAGACGUUCACUAACAUGUCGACGGUAAGAGAGAUAACGUUAAUGAACAACAAAAUAAUGGAGCUGGACUUUUCCGCGUUCGCAAACCUCCCGUCGCUUGUAAACUUGACUAUUAAAGGAAAUAAAGUGACCGAGAUCCAGAGGGAUGUUUUCGUCGAUUUACCGAGUCUCAGAUAUCUCGAUUUAUCGUUUAACAGUAUUAAUCUAGCUCACGAUGGAUGCUUCGAACAUCUGAACCUACUCACCGAUCUCGUAUUGGAAGCUAAUUUAAUUUCGGUUUUAACUAGAGACACUUUUAGAGGUCUCGCUAAUUUGACGAGAUUGGAUUUGAGAUCAAACAAGUUAUCAAUGAUAGGAGACUUGACAUUUAUUGAAUUGUGGAACUUGAAUGAGCUCCUUUUAGACAAUAAUGAGUUGAAAUAUUUAUCGGAAAGGGCCUUUGAUGGUUUGACGAUGCUUCAAAAAUUAUCUAUGACUGGCAACAAAUUACAGACCAUUAACGAAGUGCUUUUGGAGGGUGUCAGAGGACUCGAAUUGCUGGAUUUAAGAAAUAAUGAAAUUACACAAUUUUCCUAUGAAACGAUAAAGCCUAUUUUAGAGAAUCUAAAACUGAAAACCUCUGUUUUAUAUUUAAGUGGUAACAAAUUAAGAUGUGAUUGUCGGCUAUCCUGGAUUCAAGUGUUGCGUAAUGAAACGAAAAGUGAACCCCUUAGACAGGCGCUCGACGAAGUCACUUGUAUACCAAAUAUUCCGGAAAAUGUCGAUAAUGGGAUGAAUACGAAUGAUAAACUUCAGACUGAUUCGUUUGAUACCGAUUCCGAGGAUUCACUUCAACAGGAUGAAAAUGAUGAAACCUAUGAUGCUAAAAAUGAAGACGACAAAUCAGAGAAUCAAGUAGUUCUAGUGGAUAUGCCAUCAGAGACACUACCAUGUCCAGGGCAGUUGGGUCACAAUGGGGAAGAUUCAUUGAUGCUGUCUUCAAAGGACGAAAAUUAUUGGCAGCAAAGUUCCAGUGUUAAAGUCAUAUCGAGCUGCUUCUUAUUGGUUCUAACAAUAUUACUGCAUUAAGAGCUAAACGUUAUUUAUUUCGUUUAUCGUUUGUUUUUGUAAGGAAAAAGACUGGUUAAGAAUAUUUAAUUAAAUUAUUCUGUAGGAAGUAGUCUGUUGGUGACAGCGAAUUUUGUCUUUAGAAUUUAGAAGGAUGUUUUUCGGAUAUAUUUAAAUCUUGCUCAGUAAAUAAAAGUAAUAGGCUUAACAUUUUAAUGCGAUAUUCAUAUUUUCCUCAACACACUAAAAUAUAAUUUGGAAAAGGGAUUUUUUUCCAAUAUUUCGCUACAAAAAUGAAAAUAGAUAUCAUCUUUUAAUAAUUAGUAUGUAAAUAGUAUAUAACAUUAAAGCGAAAAAUUUAUGCAUAAUCUAUGGUUGUGUAUAAAUAUAUUUAUUUUUAUAAUAACGUUUGAUUUAAAUUAAUAAGAUAAUGCUUAAAUUAGUGUGUAGUAUGUAUGUAUAUUAACUUAAUAUUUUUUAUUAUGUUUCUCCAAUUGACGUCAAAAGCCAUUUUUUUAAAUGCGAAAGGGGCCUGUUUUAGAAACAAAAACUGUAUAGGUACUCUGCGAUUUUUAAUAACUCGUUUUUUGACGUUUUGUAUCGGUAGGUUUGGAAUCCAGCUAGUGUUAUCCAGCACCAAUUGGAAUCACCAGACACCAGUAUCAUGAUAGUGAGAGCGCAACAAUUCUAUAUCAUUUCAUUUAAAGAACAUCAGUCUCUAUUUUAACUACUAAUUUCUAAAAGUGAAAUUAUUUUAAUAAUAAAAGGUUUUGUACAAAAAUAGUACGCUAUUUAAUGCCAUUUGCAUACUUUAAAAAAGUGAUAACAUUUAUAAAUAGAACUUGCCAACUAUAUUCAUAUUGGCAAUAUAUUUUCUCUCAAUAUUUGUAACUCGCAUUUGGCUGGGUUUCAACUUAUUGAAAAUUUCAUACUUGAAAAUAUGUUUACGGUCAACGUGAAAAAUGUUUCUCGACUACCACCUAAAUAUUGUAAACUAUUUUAAACUACGUCCUUUGCAGGUUAAAUUUUCCGUACUUUUCAUUGGAACUUUUUCACUUUAAUAUACAGAUACUAAUGGCCCGUACUUUCACCCAUUCUAGUGACUACAGCCUAUCUGAGAAACUCAUAUUUUUAACUACAUUAUAAAAAUAAAUGUUAACCGAACUAGUAGCGCCCAAAUAUGCGCGAUCAACUUCUGUAACUUUCUAUAGUGAUAGCAAUCCUAAUUCCGCUGUCUUUCUGUGAAAAUAUGAAGCGCUGAUGUGGCUCCAUGUUGCUCAUUCAGCUCAGCAUUGGAGUUGGUUAGCUGGCGCUGUUGGAAUCUACAGAAUACCAGCACUGUAUUCAAUAGUCAAUUUAAUAAGGCAUCAUACAGCGACUACUAACACACUUAAUCGCACAGAUACUGAUUUUACAAAACCAUAACCUAUUCUUAUUCUUUCUCUUGUGUAACAUAUGAAUUGUAUAAAUUACCUUGUACAAAUAAAUAUAGUCUUAUAAAAUACGAUUCCACGUUUGAAUGUUUAAUGUUAGUUAAUUAAGGAUUUGACGAGUUUAGGCUGUAUUAUUUAAUGUAUAAAUUGAAGAUAUGAACAAAUAAA